GUAUGAUCUAAAUUUUGUCCUUUUUCGAACAGAAUCUUCCAUUACAUUCACACCUUUGAGUUGACUAAAGUAAAUAAUAAUACAAAUAGAAACCACCGUGAAAAAAGUAUUAGAAGAGAAAAAGCACCAUAAAUACUCAUCACAACACACACCAUUCUUUCCCUCUUACUCUUCCCAAAUAAGAAAAGUCCUCCCUCAUUCAUUUUCUUUCUUCUUCUCCUUCUUGUACGCCCACUGGCCAUGAUCCAAACCAUGUCUAACCCAAAUGACUGGCUCCAAUUCUAUCACCAAAAUCUCCCUAAUCAAACCCUCACACCUUCAUUCUCUGAAUCCACUACUGUCACCACCACUACCGCUACCGCCGCCGCCACGAUGAAUUCAAGCCCACCAACAUCCAGCACCAACUUGGGCCCGGACGGCCGCGUGUCGAAGCCUACACGGCGGCGAUCCCGGGCUUCACGACGAAACCCGACAACUUUACUCAACACAGACACCACAAACUUCCGUGCCAUGGUGCAACAGUUCACUGGAGGUCCAGCCGCACCCUUUGCACCAUCAUCAACGGGCUUGCCUAACCUAAUGGGCUUCGGCCUCGUCCCACGUCCAGUUCCUCCUCCUCCUCUGAACCCAACUAUGUUCCAUCUUCAGCAGCUUCAACAACAACAACAACAACAGCAAAAUCUGUAUCAGCCGCAAAACCAACACUACAACAUGUAUCGUGCUAGGACCACACAAGGUGGAGACGACACGUUUAUGAGCAAUCCCAGACCCUCAAACAGUGGUGGUGUUGCUGAUGUUCAUGAACAUCAUGAUCAUGAACACGGAGGAGGAGAAGGAGGUUUAUUUCCAAGCACUUCCUCUUGAGAAAGCAAAAGUGUUACCUAGCGUCCUUUUAAAACUCUUUCAUGUUUGAAAUUCAUAUGAAUCCGGCUAAACUGGAAACUAGAGCCUUACUUGGUGCAGACAUGAAUUUCAACUGGUAAAUGAUAAAUUGUUGAAAAGAGUGUCAAACCACCUCAUCAAGAUCAUUCUCCGGUAGGAACACGGGUAGCUGUUGUCUUUGGUGUCCGCAUGCUGAGGCCUGAAAGUGACGUAAAGCAGACAAAUUAGGUGCUAACUUGGGCAGAAUUGUUGACCAACCAAUGCAGAAUAAUAUAUAUAGUGUACCAUUUCAUUUUCUAUAAUUCUAGUGGUCUUUUUUCUUAAUACUAUACUCUUUCUUUUUCUUUUUGUUUCUGUAAUAAUUAUUGGGCUAUUCUAGGGUUGAAACGGGCUAUGCUUCUAGAUCCAUUGUUAUAGGCGUAGCUAACACGUUAUGUUUAUUAUUUUGUUAUUACACCUUUCUUUCAAUCA